AGAUGAAAUAAUUUUUCAAAAAAUUAGAAAGAUACGCUAAAUGAAACUGCGUAUUGAAGCAACUGCUAUAUCUUUUUCAUUUUCUGCAAUCAAAAGAUGGAAAAUGUGAUCUGGGUUUCUUGUAAGAAGGAUUGAAAUAAUCGGAGAUUGAUUCAUCGAUCCCCAGAGGAUUGUUAAAAAGAUCAUUUUUUUUUAUAUUUGCGUGUGAUGGGUUUGGUUGAUUCCUUGUUUGGAAAAGAUGCAAGGAAAUUUCUCAAAAGGAAAGACAGUGAUGCUGCAGAAGCAGGACGAGCUCUGGAAGAACUCAGAAGCUCUCUAUACAAUGAGCUCAAAACAUCAGAAGGAGCUAAACGACAACAACAGAGAUUCUGCGGCCCUGUUGUUGCCAUGUCUUUUAAUUUCGUUGUUGCUGUUGGAAUCAUCCUCGCCAAUAAGCUUGUGAUGGGAAGAGUUGGAUUCAAUUUUCCAAUCUUUCUAACGCUCAUUCACUAUGCGGUUGCUUGGAUUCUUCUAGCUUUCUUCAAAUCUCUCUCGUUGCUUCCAAUGUCUCCUCCAUCAAAGACCACACCUUUCUCCUCCCUUUUCUCUCUUGGAGCUGUCAUGGCCUUUGCUUCUGGUCUCGCCAAUACCAGCCUCAAACACAACAGUGUUGGAUUCUACCAGAUGGCGAAGAUCGCUGUGACACCAACCAUUGUCCUUGCAGAGUUUGUUCUCUUCAAGAAAACCAUUUCUUCCACAAAGGUUAUGGCAUUAGCCGUAGUGUCUCUAGGCGUGGCCAUCGCGACAGUAACCGAUCUGGAAUUCAAUUUGUUUGGUGCAUUGGUUGCUGUUGCUUGGAUUAUCCCAAGUGCCAUCAAUAAGAUCCUCUGGUCUAAUCUUCAACAACAAGCUAACUGGACUGCCUUAGCAUUGAUGUGGAAGACGACGCCGUUUACAGUCUUCUUCUUAUUGGCUCUCAUGCCAUGGCUUGACCCACCUGGAGUUUUGCUGUUCAAAUGGGAUUGGGGUAACUCUUCUGCAAUCCUCGUCUCGGCCCUUCUUGGCUUUCUUCUCCAGUGGUCGGGUGCACUCGCUCUCGGGGCAACCUCGGCAACGUCCCAUGUAGUAUUAGGGCAAUUCAAGACGUGUGUGAUCUUGCUUGGAGGCUACGUUAUCUUUGGCUCAGACCCCGGUUUCGUAAGCAUUUGCGGUGCUGUUGCAGCUCUUGCCGGCAUGUCUGUAUACACGUGGCUAAAUCUUCCGGGGAAAUCAGUCGACUACAGCUCGAGCAAGCUGCUUCCGAAGCAAAACACAGCCGUUUCGAAACCUAAAGCCGACAGUGACGACGUGGGAGGAGAGAGCGGAGUAGCCCUACUUUCUGUUGAGCUAGAUCUCUCGAAGACGACAACUGCAAAUAUCGUAUAGAUUAUGUUCCUUUUUUAGAAGUUCAGGGUUUAGCUUGUAAAACUCGAUUUGAAGUUCCAGCAUAUUAAUUUUGCUAUCUAAUUGAAAAACUAUGAAGAUUUGAUGGGGGUAAAUGUUUACAAUAAUGAAAUAGAGGGUGCUGUUUUG